GAUACCGUUUACCACGUCACUCCGCCCGACCCGCUCCCUGGGUAAGACCCACGACGAGAGCCACGUAGCUGCCAGGACCCGCCCGUCCCCGCCACCCCCGCGCCAAGAUGUCGGCGGCCAUCGCCGCUCUCGCCUCCUACGGCGGCUCCGACUCGGAGCCCGAUUCGGAGCCCGAAGCCGAUGCCGGUCCACAGCGCGCCGUCGUGCUCGCUAGCCGUGACGCUGUGCUGCACCUCCGGCCGCCGCCCGCAGCGCCCCCGGCUCUGCCCGUGGACGCGGCCCCGGAAGUGGCGGUGAAGGAAGAUGUGGAAACAGGAGUCCAUCUUGAUCCUGCUAUUAAGGAAGUUCAGUACAAUCCUACUUAUGAGACCAUGUUUGCACCUGAGUUUGGACCAGAAAACCCAUUUCGGACUCAGCAAAUGGCUGCACCUAGAAAUAUGCUCUCUGGAUAUGCAGAGCCAGCUCACAUCAAUGAUUUCAUGUUUGAGCAACAACGAAGGACAUUUGUCACCUAUGGUUAUGCAUUAGACCCCUCUAUAGACAACCCUGAAGUUGCUACCAAGUAUAUUGGCUCUGUAGAAGAAGCUGAAAAAAAUCAAGGUCUAACAGUGUUUGAAACAGGACAAAAGAAAAUUGAAAAAAGGAAGAAAUUCAAGGAGAAUGAUGCAUCUAACAUUGAUGGUUUCCUGGGACCGUGGGCAAAGUAUGUUGAUGAAAAAGAAGUAGCCAAGCCUUCAGAAGAAGAACAGAAGGAGUUGGAUGAAAUAACAGCUAAGAGGCAGAAGAGAGGAAAACUAGAAGAUGAUAAACCUGGAGAGGAGAAGACUAUAUUACAUGUUAAGGAAAUGUAUGACUAUCAGGGGAGAUCUUACCUUCAUGUUCCUCAAGAUGUUGGUGUUAAUCUCCGUUCUACAAUGCCACCUGAGAAAUGCUAUCUUCCAAAGAAACAAAUCCAUGUAUGGUCUGGACAUACAAAGGGAGUCAGUGCAGUUAGGUUGUUUCCUCUGUCUGGGCAUAUGCUGCUGUCUUGCUCUAUGGAUUGCAAAAUUAAGCUUUGGGAAGUAUAUGGUGAUAGAAGAUGUCUACGGACGUUUAUUGGACAUGGGAAAGCCGUUCGAGACAUCUGUUUUAACAACGCUGGCACUCGAUUUCUUAGCGCUGCAUACGACCGCUACAUUAAACUGUGGGACACUGAAACAGGACAGUGUAUUUCAAGAUUCACAAACAGGAAGGUUCCUUAUUGUGUCAAGUUCAAUCCUGAUGAAGAUAAACAAAAUCUCUUUGUUGCAGGAAUGUCAGAUAAGAAAAUUGUGCAAUGGGAUAUUCGGAGUGGUGAGAUUGUGCAGGAAUAUGAUAGACAUUUGGGAGCUGUCAACACCAUUGUGUUUGUGGAUGAAAAUAGAAGAUUUGUGAGUACAUCCGAUGACAAAAGUUUAAGAGUCUGGGAAUGGGACAUUCCUGUAGACUUCAAGUAUAUUGCUGAGCCAAGUAUGCAUUCGAUGCCAGCCGUGACUUUGUCUCCAAAUGGGAAAUGGUUGGCUUGCCAGUCAAUGGAUAACCAAAUUCUGAUUUUUGGAGCUCAGAACAGAUUCAGAUUAAACAAAAAGAAAAUCUUCAAAGGUCACAUGGUAGCUGGCUACGCUUGUCAAGUGGAUUUUUCACCUGAUAUGAGCUAUGUGAUAUCUGGAGAUGCAGAUGGAAAGCUUAACAUCUGGGACUGGAAGACCACAAAGCUUUACAGCAGAAUAAAAGCACAUGAUAAAGUCUGCAUCGGCGCAGUCUGGCAUCCUCACGAAACAUCCAAAGUCAUUACGUGCGGCUGGGAUGGUCUCAUUAAACUGUGGGACUAAAGAGGCUGCUGCGAGGAUCUGAAGUUGUAAGCCCUGAGAUGUGAAGUUGGAGUGAAUUCUGCUGUAAGGACGGGCAGACAUUUUGUGAUAUAGCUGUUGGCAGCUGGCUGUAUAUAUGCUCUGAAAGUGGGAAAUGUUCAGAAUGCUCGACUCAAAGGAUCUUGUUCUAAACGCAACAUCUGGCUAGGAGAAUGUGAAGUGUGCAGCAUCAAGUGUUUGUCCUGUCACCUUCUGUGCAAAAUACUCUUGUAAAAUAAAAUAAAUUUAAGAAAAAACUAUUUUUGUGGCUCUGGCUGUCAGAGAUAUGGGGAGUUAAAGGAGAAAACCAGCAAUUGUGUAAUCUUCUUCCUAAGAGGAAAUCUUUGAUACCUACUGCAACAGAGCUGGAAGUAGAGCAUUUGUUUAUGUUUUUUGGAUGGUAUUUUAUUCUCCCUAAAAUACUUCUACCUUUCUAGAACACAAAAUCAGUUGCUAAUGAUGUCUGUCAAUUCACAGUAGAAAUGAAGAGGUAAUCAGAAGCGCACAGCCCCCAAUUAGACUGUGUCAACUGAAGCCUGUAUUCAUAAAAUCUUGGUUUGUCUGUGUUUAACAGCUGCAUCAUGCUGAUCACCAGGCGUCAUCGUUACAAGUACCCCUCAGUUUCCCUGUGAGGGUUGGGUACCAGGUGUUUUUCUCUUCCUGUUUGCUGUUAAGUUCCAGUAAGCAUGACAUAAAAAACGAACAAAACAACAAAGUGGGUAGGUUGUAUUAUAAGCUCCACAGUUUGUGACAAUGUACUGUAUAUACAUGCCACACUUUCUCCUCUUUAAAAGACUUAUUUUUAAUAAAUCAUUUUAUAAAGAAA